UUAAGCCUCUGCCGUGCAUUAAGAACCCUACGUUGAAAAUUGAGGGGCAGAAGUUACCUUAUAAGUUCGAACAUAUAUAUAUUAAAUGGCAGCAGUAGCAGUGGAUUCUCGCUGCGAUUACUUACUUUGAGUAAUAAGUUGUGCGUGUUUCGGAAAUUGUGUCUUCCUCAUAAAUCUUCAGUUACGUCCAAUGGAUACGGAGAACGAAAAUGGUCCAAUCACCACACUCGUUGCUCAGUUUAACACGGGCGAUCCAUCGAGUUCUGUUGCAGCAGCGUGGCCUGCGCAACAGCACUGGAGUUGGUCCUUUCAAAGGACAGUUGCUUUCUCUGCUCAUUCUUCUUAUCGCUUUCAUAGUCAGUAUGAGGAGUUUCGUUUCCAAGUUCCUGGACAUGAACCCUGGCAUUCGAUCGAGGGACGUUCUCGAGGAGGGGGAAUGGUUGACAAAGAGCGGUUGUUCAGUCACCGUAAGCUAACAGAGACAGUGUUCGUUACUGCCGCCCAAGGAGCUCUGGCUUUAUUCACCUUUUUGUUCGCACCUGGUGGUGGAUCAACAUGUUGUUACAUGACCGGAAACCUGGAGCUUCUACAAUCUUGACUGGCGUCGGAUGCGCUACUACUGUUUACGGAUUCCUGGCUGUUAUGGGCGUGGUUUUACACGAUCAUCUCAUUCUAUGGGUCUUCGGUGGCGCCUGCAUUGCAUCAACCCCGGCGAUAGCAAUUUUUUUGAAGAAAAAAACUCACUAAUUAAAAAGUGGUAGGAGUAAAAUUCGACUAAGUAAUUGAGAUUCUCUUAUUUGGACUAUAUAAGGUAAAGUAAACGUUUUCCGUUUUACCCUUUAUCCACUAGUUUCCAGUACAGAUAAAAACUGAACUAUCACACAAACACACCCAAAAAAGGAUAAUUGGAAAGAGCAAAUAUAUAUAUUUGAAAAAUAGUUUAUUUUGUAGAGAGUUUAACUAAUAUCCAAAACUCAAGAGGAACUGCCGCCCAACCACAUUUAACCCCAAUGGACUCAUCUCAAGCAGCAAAGACUGAAGCUCACUCAUCAGGGACCAGCCACAAUUACCGUCCACAACUCAUCAGCAGUCGAAACUUAGAGGGACAACCGGCGAAAAGGAACUGAAAUCUGUUUUUUCUUCUAAUUUCUUGUUAAUUGAAAGAUUAUAAUGGAGCUAAAGUCCUUUUUGCCACUAUCUUUCUUUUUAUUUGCCAGAUGAAUUUAAAAGUUAUUUUCUAUAGCUUUUUUUGGGAAUUGAGUAUUUACGGUGCAGGGUCAAGAAU